AUGUCUGACAGCAUACAAACAAAAAGGAGAAGAACAGAUCCACAAACUAUUCUCUGUGACAUGUGUGCAGAGGACAGGAAACCAGCAAAGAAGACGUGCAUGAAGUGUGAGAUCUCCAUGUGUGUCCAGCACCUCCAGGCCCACCUGACCACACCUGUGUUACUGCAGACUCAUCCUCUGACUGAACCCAUGGAUUUAUGUGGGAACACCAAAUGUUCUCAGCACGGCAAGCUCCUGGAGUACUACUGCUUGGACGACAUGACCUGUGUGUGUGUUUCCUGCGCCAUUGAGGACCAGCACCGCCUACACAAUAUGAAGACCUUCUCCACAGCCCACAAAGAGCUCCUGGAGAAGCUGAAAGCUGAGCAGCUGAUCUUACAGGAGAAAACAGACGAUGAGAAUGUGAGUCUGGAAAAGUGGGAGAAGAGUGAAAGAGAGAAGCUGGGUCGCUGCAGUGUGCGUCUGAUUGAGGCUGUGACUAACCUGCGUGACAUCUCUCUGACCAGCGUCCAGAGCUCAGUUUCUGCUCGUAUGGUGUCCCUGAAAACCAGCAAGAGCAGCAUGGAAGCAGCACAGAAGGAGAAGGACACCUUCAGAUUCCUGCAGAUGUAUUCUCAGGUGCAUCAGGAUGUGGAGAAGGCCAAAGCUGUGGAUCUGAGAAAAGGGCUGGAGCCGGGCAGCCAUCGGGACAAACUGGCUGAGGAGAUAAGACAGAAUGGGGAGAAGAUGAUGAAGCAAGCAUCUCAGUUCUGGGGAUCAUUGCUGACUCUGGUUGAUCCUGAACACCACCAGGAGCUUGUUCCCACUGGUUCAGACCUGAUCUUUGAGCCACAGUCUCUGGGUCCUGGCAUGUCGCUGUCCAAAGACAACAGGAAGGUUUUCCACAAUAGCUGGCUGGGACAGUGCUGUGCAACUGUUCUAAUCUGUAGUACCAAGACAGCCAGCAGCUAUCAGAGGUGGGUGGUCAGUCUGCCUGAAGAGUGUGAUUGGAUGAUUGGUUUAUGUGAUAAAAAGUUUGCAAAGAAUCUGAAGGAUGAACCUUUCUAUGGACUGUGCUGGGAAGAUAAGCAGCUCAGCUUUCACCCAAUGGAGAAUGAUGAUGAUUCUGAUGCAUUGUUUAAAGAAGGAGAAAGUAACAUGGCCAACACAGCAAAGCAACACAUGGUGUCUUCUGAGUUAAUUACAAAUGAGGAGGAGAAUGGCGAUGAGGCCAUGCCACCACUUGAAAAGGUGGAGGUGUUGUGGAACUUUGAUGCCUCCUCACUCUCCUUCUACUGCAGAACCGGACAGCACCAGAGGGAAGAAAUAAUAACUAUUGAGAUGAGCCUCAACAACAAGGAACUGACUCCAUUUGUACGACUGGGAAAGGAAAAUGUCCAAAACACGACCCAGAGGCAGGAAUGGAAGUGCACAUGUGGGAAAGUUUACUACAGGGAUGGUAAUGGAUACAGAAAUAAUAUGUCCCGCUUUUCCUCCCAGGCUAAUUGUUCUUGUGGAAAAAUGAUUGGUGGUCCAUGUGUGACAGAAAUGGUUUGUAAACUCUGUUAAUUCCAACUCUGCUGAUCAUUUAGUCAU